UAAAUUACUUACUCCCACAAACAGCCUGAAAUGGAAACCCCGCCUAACUGUUGUCUUGAGGCUUCAAGAACGCUACACUUGUCCUUCAACCAACCAACUAUAUUCUGACCUGCAGCCAAAAUAACUUAGUAUGCUCAAACGGCAACGUCCUUCAACGCCUCCGCCAUCGCUGGACGAGAUUCCAUCGUUUCCCGAUCGACCUAUCAGACCCAUACCACACCGUGAAAUUCCUCCAGACAUAUUUUCACAUGAAUCGCGUGCUAAAAGACGCAGAAUACUCCCUCCAGUACUAGACGGUGCACAGAGAGGCUGGGGUAAACCACCUUUGUCAGUGCCUCACGCAGAUGAUAGCGAUGGCGAAGAAGAUUGGAUAGAUGGGGAAGAUGACGCGGAACCUGGUCACUUCGCGGAAUCACCGGACUAUACAGACUACAAGCAGGCCAAUACUAUGCUACACGAGAUGCAUGCUCUCCACCAGCACAGGCUUAUGUUUAUCCAACCGAACUCGCAACCACCGUCACAUCUAUAUUUGCCUCCGCACGCAGGCUUCUCAGCCCCUCCACCGCCUAUGGCCACCUAUCCACAUAAUCUUUGGCAAUCUACUCAUGGACUUCGCCAUCCUCCUUCUAUUUCCUCCAACGGCAAAGUAUUUAUACCAACGCUGCCGGAAUGCCCUUUGCCUGAGUUCUAUUCCCAUCUUCCACAUGCGGCCCAAGCUCAUACUGAAUCGGCUGCGCACACCCCAUUGGAUUUCACGAAGUCAGGUCUGUGAGAGAACGCUACGAGGAUACCAAUAAAUUACUGGGAUCAGUAUUCCUCUCGCGGAGACGGGAACUUCAAGAAGGCCCUAAUUACAGUACUCCUGUCACGGAGCGAGGCCACAGUAACCAACACCGGAACUUACUAUAAGAUC